AGCGCUCAUUUCGCUUCUUGCUGACUUGACAUCCCAGGCAAACACCCUGCGCACACGUUUAAUAAAAAGAACGGCAAGGAAGAACUCUCAGCUUCGCAAGAAUUUAAAAAAAUCGCCACAGUGAUGUCUGGAAAUCGGGUUCAGUUCGCAGGACUACCGCCUCCGGGAGAUGCGAAGGAUCGCCACCAAGUACCACAUCAAGUGAAAACAAAUUUGCGUGUAACGUCAUUAGAUGAUGCUGAGCGUAUUAAAGCAAAGCAAACCUUUGCUAAUGGAAAUAACCGUGCUUCAAGUACUAAAAUUGCUCGAAACAUCCCACGAAGGCACACUGUAGGCGGAGCUCGCAGUUCAAAAGAAAUAUUGGGAAUGCAGCCAUCGGAAAUGGAUAGAAAAAGAGAGGCUUUUUUGGAACACCUGAAACAGAAAUAUCCCCAUCAUGCAAAUGCAAUCAUGGGGCAACAGGAACGCCUUAAAGAACAGAGCAGAAGCCCAAAGCAUUUGAGAAGUUCCCAGCCUGGUCUCGGGGACCAGGCUGAACAUCUCUCCAUCGCAUCAGCGGAUUCCUUUGAAGCAAUGGCAGAACAAGAGGCGCCACCUAUCUUUAAUAGAGGGACCCGUUUGCGGGCAAGCCUCCCAGUUGUUCGAUCAACUAACCAGACAAAGGACAGAUCUUUGGGUGUACUGUACCUGCAGUAUGGAGAUGAAGUGAUACCGUUUGCAAUGCCAAAUGAAAUAACAACAAUGGAUACAGUUCAUGCACUCUUUGUACGUGCCUUCCCCAAGCAGCUCACAAUGAAAAUGUUGGAAUCUCAAAAUGUAGCUGUAUAUAUUAAGGAUGAGGCCAGGAAUAUGUACUAUGAGCUAUCUGAUUUAAGGAGCAUACAAGAUCGAGCGCUUUUAAAGGUUUACCACAAGGAUCCCGCCCAUAUUUCUUUUAACCAUUCUUCAAGGGCUGUAAAUGGAGAUGUAAGGAUGCAGAGGGAGCUGGUUCAUGCAAAAGAAGCCCCUCCAUCCUUCCGACACCACGGCCCUCUUCCCCAUGGACCACCAAGUUCACCACCAAUAGCUCAAUCUAUGCCAUCUUCUCCAUCCAGAAUUCCGUAUAAUGGAGGGCGCACCAUACCUAUGCCAGGCAGUGCCACUGUCCCGAGGGACAGACUAUCCAGUAUGCCCCCUUCAAGGUCCAUAUCCCCCAGCCCGAGCGCCAUCUUGGAAAGAAGAGAUGUAAAACCAGAUGAGGACUUGAGCGGUAAAAAUAUUGCCCCUUUCCGAAACGAAGGUCUGUACGCUGAUCCUUACAUGUAUCAUGAUGGACGAAUGAGUAUUGCUUCAUCCAACACUGGAAUUCCUGGGGACAUGCCGGACCAUAUCCUAUACCACCGCCCUUCAUUGAGGUCUAGCAAUGCAUACCCAAACACCAAUGUGCAGGCUGACAUAAUGGAGCAAUCACUAUACAGAAUAAAGCCCAGAAAAUAUUCUGACAGUUAUAUACCAUCGGUUGGCUCCAAAACACCACCGCCUUCUCCUCAGAAGAUAAGUGACAUGCGCUUAAUGGAUAUUCAUGGACAGAGUACCCACAUGGGUCAUCCUGUUCAACUUGACAGGUCCUCUUCCGUACGUAGCUCCCUCAGGAAGGAUUCUGGGACGUCUCUUGCUAUGGAAACCGCAGCAAUCAAGUCACGCAGUGCUGCUUCCUCUCCUUCCAUUUCGGAUGUAGUCCCUUUUUCAGCUGACAAGCAAACGCCGGCAUACAGCAGCGCACCUGGAAAACCUAAUGACCCGGAAACCAGGGAGCGAAUGAAGGCUAUGGAGAAGCAGAUCGCUAGUCUGACGGGUCUCGUUCAGUCUGCGCUGUUCAAGGGGGGAAGUAAUGCAAAAGAAGUUCCUAGUGAGAAGAUAAAAGUUACAUCACUUAGCAGCAGUUCUGAGGCACAAGGUGCAACAAGUACAACAGUACUGAAGAGCUCUGGGAUUAUUUUAGAGCCUUCCGUUGUUGCCCAACCUUCUGCCUCGUGUCAACAGCAAAUUCAAAACAAUGUAUUUGAUUUACGGAGGAAUAUUCUUGACCUGCGCCUGCAACUUCAACAUUUGAGACAGUCGCAGCUUGAGAACCAGGAGACGCUCAAAGCGAUGUUUAAGAAAGCAGAGUCUGAAAUCAAUGGAAGAGUUAUUGAAGCAAUGAAGAGAACUGAGGAUCCGCUGCAGCGACAGCGCGUACUGGUGGAAGAAGAGAGACAGAAAUACUUGGUCGACGAGGAGAAAAUAGUACAUCAACUAUGUGGAUUAGAGAAAUCCAUAGAUGGUCUGAAUAAGAAUGCCUCUUCAGCCCAGCAAUUGAUCACUUUGAAAGAUGUGGAGGAAGGUGCUGUUGCUCUGCGUCAGGUGGGAGAAUCUCUGGCAGGUCUGAAAGCCGAGUUCCCUACUUUGCAGAAUAAAAUGCGGGCAGUACUUCGUGUGGAGGUAGAAGCAGUGAAGUUCUUGAAGGAAGAGCCUCACAAGUUGGAGAGUCUACUGAAGAGAGUCAAAAGUAUGACUGAAGUACUCACAGGUUUAAGAAGACUUGUAACUGAAGACCUUUUGAGAGGAACAGAAACUAUGCAUCCAGCGCAGAAAAAUACCACAGAAAAUACGAUCACAGUUGCAGAGUCUGAAAUGCCCAAAGAUGCUCCCUUGCAGGUUCAGGAGCAUGCUACUCUUGUACAAGCAAAUCUCCCCCAAGGUCCCCCAGGUACACUUCACGAGGCUCAGAAUUCCUUGGUGAAGUCAGAGUCUCACAUGGUUGUCCAUCAUGUCCAAAGUUCCCCUGUCGUAAUUCACCAAUCUCACCAUUCUUCAGCAUUGGUUCAUCCUACCCAGAGUCCUCUUGUCAUGCCCAAACAAUCCCAGAAUGCACCGGCCACUGUUCACCAGGUUCAGUCCUCUCCAGUUACAGUGAAAUGGCCUCAGGAGUCAACAGAUGGUAUACCUCAAAUCCAAAGUGCUCCAAGUCACCAGUUUCAGAGCUCAUCAUCAACUGCCCAGGCCCCUCCUGGUCAAAAUCUCUUCAUUGACGAAAUUCAUGCUGCAAGUACCAAAAAGGGCAUUCACCGAAAAAUGACCAUUGAGGCAGCGGAGAGAGAAUGGGAAGAAAAAAGACAAAACAUGAAUCAGUACGAUGAGAAGGAAUUUGAGCGCCUCCUGGAGGAGGCGCAGGCAAAUAUGAUGAAAGGAAUUCCUAGCUUGGAAGUAGAACCUGAGCAGAAGCUAAUUGUAAAACCAGAGGAAUCGGAUGGGAUAAAACAACUAGAGGAGGUAACACUGCCUGAACCAGGAAAUGAGAAACCUAUGAAAUCCCCACCACCACCACCACCCCGCAGAUUCUAUCCACCUGGCUCUGGCCUGACAACCACAAGAUCUGGAGAAGUGAUAUUUACUGCCAGGAAAGAAGGCAGUCCUGUUACUUCUGAAGAGAAUAGCUCUGCACCCCUGAAAUCACCAAGAAGUCCUGUGGAAGUGAAGGAAAUCGCAUCAACGCCUGUCCCAGCAGCAGCUUCUGCUGUCAAGGAAGAUGAAGAUGAGGGUGACAGGAUAAUGGCAGAACUACAGGCUUUCCAGAAAUGUUCAGUUAUGGAUGUAAGUUCAAAAGCAGUUGUUGAACAGCCGAAAGUUGAAAUGCAAACCAGAGAUGUAAGGUCCACAGCCUUGUUAUCACCCAAAGAAAAGAAGCAGAGAUCAGGCAUUUACGGUGAACAAGCCAUGUGUACAGACACUGAGGAUAAGGCUCUGCUGGAUUCCACUGCGGCUUCUUGUGAUGCGCCGAUGACUUCCAAUGUGUUCGUAUUCCAUAAUGUUCAAUCGGGUCAUUCUCAAAUUGAGUUUCAGUUGCAGAAUGACACUUCUGUGCCUUCGCUGUAUGCAAAGGAUACCUUGAAAUACCUGGAAGACGAAGAGAAAUCUGUGCCAGAUAUAAUGCGCGUUGUCCAUCAAUCUGUUCAAAAUAGGAACGAUGCCCCGCCAGAGAGAGAGUACAUGCCUGCAAUAAAAAAUUAUGAAUCAGUUGUAGAGGUUGAAACGGAAAAUGGGUUGAAAAUUUUUGAUUCAGUGUGUAGACUGGAUAACUCAGUACGUGCAAAUAUUUCCACAUCUGAGGAGGUUGUUGGGCAGAGUGUCCGCUCCCCAAUUAUGAGGACAUGCAUGACAAUACCUGUGGUACAACAAUCCACUACAAUUCUGGACCAACAUGAUUCAACAUCUAAUAAAUCUGAUCAUCAAGAAUGUGAAAUGCCAUCAGCAGACUCAAGUUAUCAGAAGGAAAACUAUAGCCAACAGGUAAUAUUGAGAUCGAAGACCUCCAAAAAAGCUACUAUCAGAUAUUUGGACAAUGUUGAUUCUUCAAGUUCCUCUGGAGAAGAGUCCCCAUCAAGUGAUAACAUAGCAUUUAUGAUUACAAACACUGAGGUCCAGGCUCUGUCCAGUGGAGAGGUCAAUGACAUAGUGAACAAAAAAGGAGAAGAUAUCCAGACAGUGAACAUCGAUGCAAAUCGAGAAAUAACAGCAGGUCAGAGUAGUUAUCAGGAGGCUGGGAACGAAGACCCGGUGCUUUUCACAGAUAAAAAACCAGUAAUUAUUAUCUUUGAUGAACCAAUGGACAUCCGAUCAGCUUACAAAAGAUUGUCAACAGUAUUUGAGGAAUGUGAUGAAGAUUUAGAAAGGAUGAUGGCAGAAGAGAAAAUAGACGAAGAGAAUGAAGCUGCUGAAAUCUCUAGUGAUACAGAAGUGUUAGCAGAAUCUGCAAUGGAUAAUGAUGAAGUGCGUUCAAACAGAAUUUCUUUUCCUGUGGAUUUGGCAACUAGUUCAGUAUGCAAUAAAUCUAGUGGCCAUGGACACAAUAUCCACUUUGGUUCUGCUGAAGUUAAAGCACCAAAAGAAAGUAAAUCUGAUGUUAUAGAAAAUGAUGAUUCAAAAUUAGAUAAUGCAGAAGGUUUGUUUGCAAAUAAGGCUGAUACCAAGAAGAAGUUUAAAUUCAAAUUCCCCAAAAAACAACUUGCAGCUCUGACCCAGGCUAUUAAAACAGGCACAAAGACUGGGAAGAAAACGCUACAGGUAGUGGUUUAUGAAGAUGAAGAAGAUCCUGAUGGAACAGUGAAACAGCACAAGGAAGCGAAAAGAUUCGAGAUUGUACAAUCAAACAGCAAAGAUGAAGCCUCUAUCAAAACCCCACAAUCAAAGCAUCAUAGCUCCACUGAUGUGGUAUCUAAUUCUUUCAGAACCGAUCAGAUUCGGAAAAAUACCUACAAGACCUUGGAUAGUCUUGAGCAAACCAUCAAACAAUUAGAAACAACAAUCAGUGAAAUGAGCCCAAAGAUAGCAGAACAGGAGGAAGAGUACAUAACCUGCCCUUCACAAAUCUGUGAAUUAUCUCAAGGGGCUGUGUCCUGGGAUGAAAACAAAUCUACUGAUCAGCUAUUGCUUCCCACUGCAAAGGCACCUCAAAACACCAAGACCAAACCACCACUGCUUCCAAAAAUCUCCACAAAAGCAAGUGAAUCACAGAGUUCAAAUCUGAUGUCCCCAACCAGCAGAAUGCCAGUUUCUGUGGGAUCAAAAAUAAGACAACAACAGGGAAAUACGGAAAAGGUGACAAAACAGAAGCUUCAGGACCCCCAGCGACAAUUCCGACAGGCUAAUGGAAGUACUAAGAAAGCUGGUGGGGAGAGUAAGAUUACUUCCCCUACUUUACCUGCUUCUAAGAUCCCUGCCCUUUCUUCUAGCUCUGGGAAAAGCUCUGUGCCUGGUCCUAGCAAUGAUAACACUAACCAUCCCAGUACUUCCAGUAAAUAUCCCUUAUCUGCUACUAAUGUUCUCACACCAACUGCAGGUCGUAAUGCUCAACUUCCAUCUGUGUCCCAUAUACCUUCUUCUUCUAAUGGCUCCCUUAAGCUUCACGCUCAGAACUCUGCCUUAACAGGCAAAGGUCAGCCUCUUUCAUUUCCACUACACACAAAUGGUAGACCCUCUCCAUCUUCCUCAUCCUCUUCCCCCUCCCCAGUUUCUCCCACCUCACUGAUUCAAGGUGCGAAGAGCAUCCGGACAAUCCAUACCGCUAGCUUCGCAAGCUACAAGCAACAGAACGCGAACCAGAGCAAAUUCACCAUGGCCACUGUCAAAGAAACGGCGUAGAGGCAGCACGUUGGAACCCGUCCAUCUUUCAUUUUUUUUUUCUUUUAAAAAAAAAUUGCAGUAGAAUGCUACUAAUUUCAUUAUGAUUCUGUAAAGUUCCUCACAUAGUGUGCAUUCAGCAGUCAGAAUUAACAGGUCUUUGUAAAACUGCAAACACUGAUUUUCCCUAGAAACCACAAGGAAUUGUGAAGGAUGGAUGCUUGCAGUGUUUAUUUUGUAAAUAAUUGUUCUACUUAACCAGACUUAAAAAUCAGGUGGUAUAGUAAAAGGUUGCACAUUAAAACAUUGAGCAUAAUAACAAAGACAUUCACCUGCUGGCAACUUUUUUUCAAGCACAUUGUUUUGUAUACAGAGUAUUUUUUCACUUUGCACAGUUGAUAUUGCUUGAACUAUUGUAAAGUUUGAAUAAUGAACACUGGGAUGCUGACUCAAGACUAACAUAAAUUAUUCCAUGCCAAAACAUUAACCAUAUGGGCAGGGGCAAACCUGGAAAAUUGUCAGAUGUAAGAUUAUAUUCAGUAUAGGUCAAAAGGUAACUCCGCGCACACACAGUUUGCACUGAAUUAUACCUAUUCAGCAUAUUUGUUGCUAGAUUUAUCACUAUAUUAAGGAUAUGAAACGAACACUUUAUUUGAUGGGUGUUUUUUAACCCUUAGCAAGUGCAUUUUCCUUGCAACUAAUAAUACUAGGUCAAGGGCAGCUGCCUGCCGCUUAAUGUAUGACCUGUUGCAUUUUUAAAUAACCAUAUUUAGCUACACAUUUCAUUAUGGCAAGAAAUAAUCAAUAUUCCAGUUAAGUCUGCAAUUUUCGUUAUUGGGGAGUGCUUAUAAAUAAUUAAUCUUUCACAUGACAAUGAAAAGGGACAUGAUAAUGAAGACUAAAUAUAUGAUUUAGAUGAGUGCAAGGUUGGUGUAAUGUUGUAGAUAUACUGUCUGUUGUACUGCCAUUCCCUCUCAAUAAUAAAGACAUGAGUAUUGCUUUUUUUUUGGAGUGAUGAAUGGAAAAACUGCUUCCUAUUUUGCUUCAGUUUUUAUGUAUAGCUGACUUUCCUUUCUAAUUGCUCCAAAGCUGUGUUUUUGUACUCCAUUUAAUAGCCUUUAAAAAUCCAGUUGUACAAUUGUUUUUUAAAACUAAUUUUGCCUAUUUUCACAAAAGUGAGUGCUAGUUUGUUAGUUGCAGAUGCUUAUUGAGGACUGUUAACCACAUUUGAAAGACUUGUAAAACUGAUGUUUUGUGUGUGUAUAUUAAGCUAUGCAUAUAGAUAUAGAUAUAUAUAUAUAUAUAUACACAUACACAUACACAUACAUAUAUAUAUAUAUAUAUAUACAUAUAUCUGCUUAUAAAUCUGCAGGGAUGCUUAUAGUUUUCACUCUAGUACCAAAGUUUGUUUAUUUGCAUGCCUUUUUAUUAUAAGAUAUAUUUUAAGAAACAGAUGGGUAUAUGUGAUCUAUAAGAUGGGGCAUGUUUGCACAUCCAGAAGUUUUUUGUACAGAGUUUUGUUAUUUGUAAAACAUAUUAUAUUGUAAAAUACAGCAUUGUGGUAAACUGCAAACUCUAGCCUUGUGAAGAUGCGAUGAAAUAAAGGGCCGCAUGCUUGUAGUUCUGUUUCUUGUCCUUUUGAGUAAUAAUAAAUUUAGUAGUAUUUUCUUUUGAAGAGUACUGUAAAUAUUGCUGUUGUCUCUAUGUUAAGAUAAAAGAUAAACAAAUAGAAGCA